AUGCUUGACAGAGAGAUCUGGCUGGAGCUGGAGCUGGUUCUGGAGCUGGGGCUGGUGCUGGAGUUGGACCUGCACCCGGACCUAGAGCUAGAGCUGCUGCUGGAGCUGGAGCUGGAGCUGGAGCUGGACCUGGAGCUGUUGGAGCUAAGAAUGGCGCUGGUCCUGUGGGCCCUCAGUCUGCUGGGCUCAGCCUGCCUGGUGUCAGCCAACAUCUUUGAGUACCAGGUGGACGCCCAGCCCCUGCGCCCCUGCGAGCUGCGGCGGGAAAGGGCCCUUCGGCGGCGAGCGGACUACGUGGCCCAGUGCGCCGAGGACGGCCGCUUCCAGACUAUCCAGUGCCUGAAGGAUGGCAGCUCUUGCUGGUGUGUGUCUGCCGACGGCAGGGAGGUGCCUGGCAGCAGGCAGCCUGGGCGGCCUGUGGCAUGUCUGUCUUUCUGCCAACUGCACAAGCAGCAAAUCCUGCUGAGCAGCUACCUCAACAGCACGGCCACCUCCUACCUCCCUCAGUGUCAAGACUCGGGGGAGUACAUGCCCGUGCAGUGUGACCUGCGGCGGGAGCAGUGCUGGUGUGUGGACACGGAGGGGAUGGAGGUGUACGGGACCCGCCAGCUGGGCAGGCCCACGAGAUGUCCAGAGAGCUGUGAGAUAAGAAACCGCCGCCUUCUCCACGGGGUGGGGGACAAGUCUCCACCCCAGUGUUCUCCGGAUGGCAGGUUUCUGCCUGUCCAGUGCAAGUUUGUCAACACCACUGACAUGAUGGUUUUCGACCUGGUCCACAACUACAACAGGUUUCCAGAUGCAUUCGUGACGUUCAGCGCCUUCCGGAGAAGGUUCCCUGAGGUGUCCGGGUACUGUCACUGUGCCGACAGCCAGGGGCGGGAACUGGCUGAGACAGGUUUGGAGCUGCUGCUCGAUGAAAUUUACGACACCAUUUUCGCUGGCCUGGACCUCGCUGCCACCUUCACGCAGACCACCCUGUACCGGAUACUGCAGAGACGCUUCCUAGCGGUUCAGCUAGUCCUUUCGGGCAGAUUCCGAUGCCCCACAAAAUGUGAGGUGGAGCGGUUUACAGCGACCAACUUCGGUCACCCCUACAUUCCGAGCUGCCACCGAGAUGGGGCCUACCAGGCGGUGCAGUGCCAGAGGGAAGGGCCGUGCUGGUGUGUGGAUGCCCAGGGCAGGGAGGUCCGCGGAACUCGGAGGCCGGACGCGUCGCUGCCUUGUGCUGGAGACCAGUCCUGUUCCUCCGAGAGGCGACGGGCCCUGUCCAGACUCCACUUCGGGCCCUUGGGCGACUUCAGCCUCCACAGCAUGUUUUCGGCUUGGAAAGGAGCCGGAUCAGCCAUGUCCUGCCCACCCAUGAUCAAAGAGCUCUUUGUGGACUCAGGGAUUCUCCGCCCCAUGGUCGAAGGGCGGAACCAACAGUUUUCCACCUCAGAGAGUCUCCUCACAGAAGCCAUCCGAGGGAUUUUUCCCUCCCGAGACUUAGCUCGUCUUGCCCUUCAGUUUACCACCAACCCAAAGCAGCUCCAGCAAAACCUCUUUGGAGGGAAAUUUUUGGCAAAUGUUGGCCAAUUUAACUUGUCUGGAGCCCUUGGCACAAGAAGCACCUUUAAUUUCAGUCAGUUUUUCCAGCAACUUGGUCUCCCAGGCUUGCAGAAUGGAGGAGGACAUGUCGAUCUAUCAAAGCCCCUCUCUGCAGGGCUGGAUUCGAAUCCUGCCGUGGAAACACCCAGAGCCAUUAAGAAGGGCAGUACUAUGAAUAAAACAAUUGUGGGCAGCUUUGGCUUUGACAUCAACUUACAAGAGAACCAAAAUGCCCUGACAUCUCUUGCUUCUCUCCUGGACCUUCCAGAAUUCCUUCUGUUCCUGCAACAUGCGGUUUCAGUGCCAGAAGACAUAGCCAGGGAUUUGGGUGAUGUGAUGGAAAUGGUGCUCAGUUCCCGGGGCUGUGAGCCAACACCUGGCAGACUUUUUGUCCCGUCCUGCACGGCAGAAGGAAGCUAUGAGGAUGUCCAGUGCUUUGCUGGAGUGUGCUGGUGUGUGGACUCCCAGGGCAAAGAACUGCCUGGCUCGAGGGUGAGAGGUGGACAACCAAGGUGCCCCACAGAGUGUGAAAAGCAAAGGGCUCGGAUGCAGAGCCUCUCUGGCAGCCAGCCUGCAGGCUCCAGUCUGUUUGUGCCUUCUUGUACCAGCCAGGGGCACUUCUUACCUGUCCAGUGCUUCAACUCUGAGUGCUACUGUGUAGAUGCGGAGGGCCAGGUUAUUCCUGGAACUCGAAGUGUACCUGGACAACCCAAGCAGUGCCCCACACCUUGUCAGUUACAGGCCGAACAAGCCUUCCUCCAAGUGGUACGGACCCUGGUCUCUAAUUCUAGCAUGGCGCCCACUCUCUCCAGUGUCUACAUCCCACAGUGCAGCACCAACGGGCAGUGGAGCCGCAUGCAAUGUGAUGGGCCCCCGGAGCAGGCCUUCGAGUGGUACGAAGGGUGGAGGGCUCAGAACGACGGUGGCCGGGAGCUAACCGCUGCUGAACUGCUGAUGAAGAUCCUGAGCUACAGAGAAGCAGCUUCCAGAAGCUUCAGUCUCUUUAUUCAAAGUCUGUAUGAGGCUGGCCAGCAAGGCAUCUUCCCAGGGUUGGCAAGAUACUCUUCUCUCCAAGACGUCCCACUGGCCGUGUUGGAAGGGAACUGGACCCAGCCAGGAAAGAAUGUCUUCCUGGAGCCCUAUGUCUUUUGGCAGAUCCUAAAUGGCCAGCUCAGGCGAUACCCAGGGCCCUAUUCAGACUUUAGCACCCCUUUGGCGCACUUUGACCUCCGGACUUGCUGGUGUGUGGAUGAAGCUGGUCAAGAACUAGAGGGAACCCGGACUGAGCCAGGCAAGGUCCCAGCAUGUCCUGGCUCCUGCGAGGAAGCAAAGCUUCGUGUUCUGCGGUUCAUUAAGGACACGGAAGAGAUGGUCUUGGCUUCCAACAACUCUUGGUUCCCUCUGGGAGAGAGUUUCCUAGCGGCCAAGGGGAUCCAGCUGACCAAUGAGGAGCUCGGCCUUCCCCCGCUCGCCCCACCCCGGGGGGCUUUCUUGGAGCAGUUCCUGAGCGGGAGCGAUUAUGCCCUUCGUCUGGCAGCUCAGUCCACCUUCGACUUCUAUCAGAGUGGCCGAUUCUCCCUGGCUGAUUCCUCAGGAGCGUCCCCUCUGCGGUCUAGCUCCUAUGUGCCCCAGUGUGAUGCAUUUGGAAGUUGGGAGCCUGUGCAGUGCCACACUGAAACUGGGUACUGCUGGUGUGUGGGUAAGACGGGAGACUACGUCCCUGCCUCGCUGACUGCGCGCUCCUCCCAGCUCCCCCAGUGCCCCACCACCUGUGAGAAAUCUCGAGCGAGUGGACUGCUUUCCAGUUGGAAACAGGCUGGAUCCCAAGGAGACCCUUCCCCUAAAGACCUGUUCAUCCCAACCUGCCUACAGACAGGAGAGUUUGCCAGGCUGCAGGUGUCGGAGGCUGGCAUCUGGUGCGUAGACCAGGCCUCAGGAGAAGGGACCCCGCCCAGCACAAACAGCAGUGCCCAGUGCCCAGGCCUCUGUGAAUCACUCCAGAGCGGCAUCCCCUCCAGGAGGCUGGGCCCAGGCUACACCCCGGCCUGCGAGGCAGAGGACGGUAGCCUUUCCCCCGUGCAGUGCGACCCGACCCAGGACAGCUGCUGGUGUGUCUUUGGAAGUGGAGAGGAGGUGCCUGGGACCCGUGUGGCAGGGAGCCGGCCGGCCUGUGAGAGCCCGCAGUGCCCACUGCCAUUCAACGUGUCAGAUGUGACUGGUGGAGUGAUCCUGUGUGAGCGAGCCUCGGGCCCUCGAGGGGCCACCGUCCAGCUGUGCCAGCUGCUGUGCCGCCAGGGCUACCAGAGCGCGUUCCGGCCAAUGUCAUUGGUGUGCAGCCUGGAGACGAGACGCUGGCUGUCACAGCCACCCCAGCCCCUGGCCUGCCAGCGGCUCCAGCUGUGGCAGACCCUCCAGACCCAAGCACAGUUCCAGCUCCGGCUCCCACCAGGCAAGAUGUGCAGUGCAGACUACUCGGGCCUGCUGCUGGCCUUCCAGGUCUUCAUCUCAGACGAGCUCAGGGCCCGGGGCUUCUGCCAGGUCCAGGUGAAGCUUUCCGGGACCCCUGUCUCUGUUCCUGUCUGCGACGACUCCGUGGUGCAGGUGGAGUGUCUGACCGCGGAGCGUUUAGGAGUGAAUGUCACGUGGAAAUUGCGGCUUGAGGAUGUCCCACCGGCCUCUCUUCCUGAUUUGCAUGACGUUGAGGAAGCCUUAGUGGGCAAGGACCUCGUUGGGCGCUUCGCAGAUCUGGUCCAAAGUGGCAUGUUCCAGUUUCACCUGGAUUCCAAGACGUUCCUAGCAGACACCUCCAUCCACUUCCUCCAGGGGGACAGCUUUGGCCCCUCUCCCAGGACACGAUACGGGUGCUUGGAAGGAUUCCAUCCCGUCGCGGCCCCCAGCAACGCCAGUCAGGACCCACUGGGGUGCGUUAAGUGUCCUGAAGGAAGCUAUUUUCAGGACGAGCAAUGUGUUCCCUGUCCCGCUGGAUUCUACCAAGAGUGGGCGGGGAGCUUGACCUGCACCCCGUGUCCUGUGGGCAGAACGACCGCGUCCGAGGGAGCUUUCAGUCAGACUCACUGUGUCACUGACUGCCAGAGGAAUGAGGCAGGCCUACAGUGUGACCAGGAUGGCCAGUACCGAGCCAGCCAGAUGGACAGGGACAGUGGGAGGGCCUUCUGUGUGGACAACGAGGGGCGGAGGCUGCCAUGGUCCGAAAUGGAGGCCCCACUCACGGACUCCCAGUGUCUGAUGAUGCAGAAAUUUGAGAAGGCCCCAGAACCUCAGGUGAUCUUUGAUGCCUCCGCUGCCGAGGGAGUGAGGUCCCAAGUUCCUGGCUCUGAGUCGCCCCUGAAGCAGUGCUUGGCAGACUGUGCCUUGGAUCAGGCCUGCAGCUUCCUCACAGUGUCCACGGUGGGAUCAGAAGUCUCCUGUGAAUUCUAUGCUUGGACAAGUGACAAUAUCGCCUGCACAGUUUCUGGUCAGGAUCAAGAUGCAGCGGGGAACUCCAAGGCCACGGGCUUUGGGAGCCUCAGGUGCCAGGUGAAAGUGAGGAGCGGGGGUCAGGACUCUCCGGCCGUGUAUCUGAAGAAGGGCCAAGAAUUCAGCACAAGAAGUCAGAAAAGCUUUGAACCAACUGGUUUCCAAAAUGUGCUUUCUGGAAUGUACAGCCCCGCCGUGUUCCCAGGCUCGGGAACCAACCGGACAGAGGUCCAUCUCUUCUGCCUCCUCUCAUGUGACCGGGACACAUGCUGCGACGGCUUCGUCCUCACGCAAGUCCAAGGAGGUCCCAUCAUCUGUGGCUUGCUGAGCUCCCCUGACGUCCUGCUUUGCCACGUCAAUGACUGGAGGGACCCCUCCAAAGCCAAGGCAAAUGCUACAUGUCCUGGUGUGACCUACGACCAGGGGAGCCGCCAGGUGACACUGCAACUGGGAGGCCAGGAGUUCAAGAGUUGGACGCCCCUGGAAGGGACUCAGGACACCUUGACCAGUUUCCAGCAGGUUUAUCUCUGGAAAGAUUCUGACAUGGGGUCUCGGUCUGAGUCUAUGGGAUGUGGAAGAGACACGGAACCAAGGGCAUCGCCUCCACCAGAAACAGAUUUGACAACAGAGCUGUUCUCCCCUGUGGACCUUGAGCAGGUUGUGGUCCGUGGGAACCGGUCCCUGCCCAGCCAGCAGCACUGGCUGUUCAAACACCUUUUCUCAGCUCAGCAAGCGAAUGUGUGGUGCCUUUCUCGCUGUGUCCAGGAGCCCUCUUUCUGUCAACUGGCAGAGAUAAGAGACAGCGCCCCCUUGUACUUCACCUGCACCCUCUACCCAGAGGCCCAGGUGUGUGAUGAUGUCCUGGAGUCACGUCCCACGGGCUGCAGACUGAUCCUGCCCCACAGACCGAGUGCCCUGUUCCGGAAGAAAGGUGUGCUUAAGGAUAAAGUGAAGAGCUUCUACACCCGCCUGCCAUUCCAGAAGCUGGCGGGGGUCUCCGUGAGAAGCAAAGCGCCCAUGCCCGACAAGGCCAUCUCUGACGGGUUCUUCGAGUGUGAACGCUUGUGCGACGUGGACCCGUGCUGCUCCGGCUUCGGCUUUCUAAAUGUUUCCCAGUUGAAAGGUGGAGAGGUGACAUGCCUAACUCUGAACAGCUUAGGACUUCAGACCUGCAGUGAGGAAAGUGGAGGAACCUGGCGCAUUUUGGACUGUGGCUCUUCUGACAUUGAGGUCCGCACCUAUCCCUUCGGAUGGUACCAAAAGCCAGUUGCUCAAAAUGACCCUCCUAGUUUUUGCCCUCCAGUGGUUCUGCCUUCCCUCUCAGAGAAAGUCCCUCUAGACUCAUGGCAGACCCUGGCCCUCUCCUCAGCAGUCGUUGACCCGUCCAUCAGGGACUUCGAUGUUGCCCACAUCAGCAUGGCUGCCACCAGCGACUUCUCAGCUGCCCGAGACCUCUGCUUGUUGGAGUGUUCCCGUCACCAAGCCUGCCAGGUCACCACUUUGCAGACCCGACCUGGUACUCUGAGGUGUGUGUUCUAUGCUGAUACCCAGAUCUGCACACAUAGCCUGCAGGCCCAGUACUGCCAACUUCUGCUCCGUGAAGAGGCCACCCACAUCUACUGGAAGCUGAACAUCCCUCUGCUCGGCUUGGGGACAUCUGCACCUUCUGUGACCAUCGCGCCCCAUGGCCGGCUGCUGGGCAGGUCCCAGGCCGUCCAGGUGGGCACUUCAUGGAAGCAAGUGGACCAGUUCCUGGGGGUGCCCUUUGCUGCCCCGCCCCUGGCCGAGAGCCGCUUCGGGGCUCCGGAGCCCUUGAACUGGACGGGGCCCUGGGCUGCCACCGCGCCACGGGCCAGCUGCUGGCAGCCAGGGAUCGCAACACCCGCGUCUUCCCGAGUCAGCGAGGACUGCUUGUAUCUCAACGUGUUUGUCCCUCAGAGCGUGACCCCCAAUGCAUCAGUCCUGGUGUUCUUCCACAACACCAUGGCAACCCGGGAUGGUGAAGGGGGCCUGGCCCUCGACGGCUCCUUCCUGGCUGCUAUUGGCAACCUCAUUGUGGUCACUGCUGGCUACCGAGUGGGCAUCUUCGGCUUCCUGAGCUCUGGGUCCGGCGAGGUGAGUGGCAACUGGGGGCUUCUGGACCAGGUGGCAGUUCUGACCUGGGUGCAGACCCACAUCAGGGUGUUUGGCGGGGACCCUCGACGAGUGACCAUGGCAGCCGACCGUGGCGGAGCUGACGUGGCCAGCAUCCACCUUCUAACCUUCGGGGCUGGUGGCUCCAGACUCUUCCGGAGGGCCGUGCUGAUGGGUGGCUCUGCACUGUCCCCCGCCGCUGUCAUCAGCCGGGAGAGGGCUCAGCAGCAGGCAGCUGCUUUGUCAAAGGAGGUCAGCUGCCCCACCUCGUCCAUCCAAGAAAUGAUAUCCUGCCUCCGUCAGAAGCCCGCCAGCAUCCUCAAUGACGCCCAGACCAAGCUCCUGGCUGUGAGUGGCCCCUUCCACUACUGGGGUCCUGUGAUUGACGGCCAGUACCUGCGAGAGGCUCCCGCCAGAGCGCUGCAGAGGGUCCCGCAGGGCGAGGUCGAUCUGCUCAUCGGCAGUUCUCAGGAUGACGGGCUCAUCAGCAGGGCGAAGGCCGUGAAGCAAUUUGAGGAAAGUCAAGGCCGGACCAGUAGCAAAACAGCCUUUUACCGGGCGCUGCAGAACUCACUGGGCGGCGAGGACGCCACCGAGGGCGUGCGGGCCGCCGCCACCUGGUACUACUCCCUGGAGCACUCGGCCGACGACUACGCCUCCUUCUCGCGGGCCCUGGAGGCCGCCGCCCGGGACUACUUCAUCACCUGCCCAGUGAUUGACAUGGCCAGCCAGUGGGCAAGGAGGGCCCGAGGAAACGUGUUCAUGUACCACGCUCCCCAGAGUUAUGGCCAUGGCAGCCUGGACUUGCUGACCGAUGUCCAGUAUGCCUUUGGGCUGCCCUUGCACCCUGCCUACGAGGGCCAGUUUACCCAGGAGGAGAAAAGCACGUCCCUGAAAGUCCUGCAGUACUUUUCCAACUUCAUCCGCUCAGGAAAUCCCAACUACCCUCAUGAGUUCUCGAGGAAAGUGCCUGAAUUUGCAGUCCCCUGGCCUGACUUUGUCCCUGGUGCUGACGGAGAGAACUACAAGGAGUUCAGUGCCCUGCUCCCCAAUCGACGGGGCCUGAAAAAGGCCGACUGCUCAUUCUGGUCCAAGUACAUCCGGUCCCUGAAGGCACCUGCAGAUGAAGCCAAGGAUGAGCUGUCAGCAGCGAAUGAAGAGGAUGACCAGCCGGCUGGCUCUGGCCUGAGAGAAGAGCUCCUGGGCCUCCCAGAUCCAGGCCCCAAGAGCUACAGCAAGUGACCCCUGAGACUUCUGCCCACCUUUCCAAACCCACCCCAGGCUGCCACCCUGGACACCUUAUUCUCUAAAACAGCCACUAGCUUUCAAUAAAGUGACUAUAUGCAGUAAAA